CCCCGGCAUGGCGCCGCCUCCCGCCGCUCGCGGCUGGCCCCGCGCGCUCCUGGGCCGCCUGCUGCCCCCCCGGCCCCUCGGCCGCCGCGGCGCCGCCGCCGGCGGGGGGGGCCCGGCGCGGCCCGCGGGGCUGUACGAGCUGCUGGGCGUGCCGGCCAGCGCCACGCAGGCGCAGAUCAAGGCGGCCUACUACGAGCAGAGCUUCCGCUGCCACCCGGACCGCAACGCGGGCAGCGAGGAGGCGGCCGCGCGCUUCACCGCCCUGCACCAGGCCUACGCCGUGCUGGGCAGCGCGGCCCUGCGCCGCCGGUACGACCGGGGCCUGCUGAGCCGCGAGGAGCUGAGCUCGGCCGCGCGGCCCGCGCCCGCCGCGCGCCCGGCGCCCGGCUCGCGCAGCGCGGCCCCGCGGCGCGCCCCCGCGGCGCCCGUCUUCGACUUCGACGCCUUCUACCGCGCCCACUACGGCGAGCAGCUGGAGCGGCAGCGGGCCCUGCGCCGGCGGCGGCGGCGGCAGGAGGCGGCGGCGGCCAAGGGGUGGCGCGGGGACCGGCUGCCGGAGCUCUCGCUCGCCCUGCUCCUGCUCUGCGGCCUGGCGCUGCUGGGCCGCACGAAGUGAAGCGCGGGGCGCCCGGACCGGGCCCAGGGUUCGCUCGUGGCGCUGGACAGGCCGCGGGGCGAGGGCGGCUGCGGAGAGCUCCGGGGCCGGGUCCCGAGCGGGCCUUGUGCUGUGUCAGGACGCCCUAGGGAGCCGAACUGCCAUUAAAGUAGCUUCACAAAUCGGUUUGAGAUCCCCAUUCCUUCGGUGCGGGUAACGCCCCUUCCCGCUCAGGAGUCGCCGCUGACAUUUGCCUGCCCAGAGCAGCGUUCAGGGAUCUGCCGUUCACCUGCCAGCGCUGGAGAUGUUUCUGCCAUUCACCGCAGGAGAGAGGAUGCAGCUUUCUGCUGGGGUUUAGGUGUUAAUAAAUUUAUCUUCCCUGAA